AGCUUGCAGUAACACUAACAUUCCUUCACGCUGUUGAGAACUACAGCACACUACUCCUGCGAGGACUCGUCGAACGGACAUGGGACAAGAUCAAGAAUUGCGUUCUUAAAAUUGAAGAGCUCAGCAGAUGAAUCUUUUCGGGCGUGGUUCCUCCGGAAGUAGAGACCCAACUUCCGCGAGUGGGAGUGCUGUGCGUGCCGGUGGGGGCCAUUUUCUCCCCGUGCCAUCGAGCAACAAGGGAACGAAAAACAGAAACGGGACCGCGGGCGGCAGCGCCCCGUCAAGCGGCUCUAGCUCUUCCGCGCACAACAGAUCCUCUUCGUACAAUGCGGGUGGGACCACAUUAACUAGCAGUUCUUCGAGCUCUUCCUUCCAACUCCCCGCGCCACUCAGCGGGUUGUUCUCGUCAAGCACGACGUCCGCGACGACCUCGUCUGGCGCGUCGAAUUUCCUCUCGGCUAUCAGUGGCGGCAGCGGCAGCAGUAGAAAUAACGGCAGUGGGCUGCACCAGACGUCGUCCCUCGGAGGGGGAGGUGCUGGACCACCCAGUGGCGGUGGAGGCAACUUGUCUGGUUCUUACGGCGAGGGUACUAGUUCCUCGCCCUCUGAUCAUCAUGGAGCAGGAGGUGCAUCUAACACGACAAAUCAACAUGGAUCGACGAACAACUCGGGGUCGUCUUCGGCUCUUGGGGGGGCCACCAGCGGCGAGCUGAAGGACCAGCCCCAGACGAAGGAGCAGAUGCUGACCGCGAUGCUGGAACGCGCCCGGUACUUUGCGAACAGUCAGUAUGGGAGCGUCAGGAUUGAAAUCGUCAAAGUUGAAAUAGUUUGUCAUGCACAAAAUCGAUACCAGUUGGAAGCCCAAUUCCCAGGCGGCGCAUGACAAAUUUCGGCACCGCCUCAAUCCAGUUUGUCAUGCUGUUUAGGGACAGAAGGCGUCUUUUGUAGUGCUGCUUUGGCAGCUCUACCGCACACCCCAAACAGGCUGACAGUCGGCCUCACUUGCCAUCCGUGCAAGAGAGGCACCUCAUGCCUUGCAGUUUGUGCAUGAGAAAAUAUUUCAACUUUGUCGAUUUCAAUCCUGACGCUUCCAUAGUCAGCUCGCGGUCCAGAGGGUCGUGUUCGGGAAGGAAAUCACCUUAUCAAAUGCAAAUAUGACUGGGUCUGGAACAUCAAAGCAACUUGUCAUGCUAAAUUGGAAUCAUGUAAAAAUCUGUGUUGCGUGAUUACCAAAAGCUGUCCACUUUAGCCCUAAUCGAGACGCAGACUCUCAUGCAGGAUAGGCAUGAUAGAACUCUCGCAGAAUCUGUCAUGCUACGUCCCACAUACCAGACCUCAUGGGUCAUGGAAAACCUGCAUGACAAGUCUGGCAUUCUUCCAGACCCAGACAUUUUUGCAGUUGAUAUACCUCGUUGUGCUACCAGAUGGUGUCCUGCGAAACCGCGUACCAGCACCUGAUCCAGCCCUACCUGUCCAAGCUCGCCUGGGAUGCCGAGGCGGAAGUGCGGAAGCAGAUUUUGUUGCAGUUCGGCGAUCUGGCCGGGUUCCUGAUUCAGAGCAACCCCGAGGUCGGAUACGCCUACGUACUAGCCACCCUGGUGCCCGUGUUUCCAACUCUGCUGCUCGACCCCGUCUACAAGGAAACCCGACAGGACGCCGCGGAGGCCCUCCUCGUCCUGAGUUCCCACCUGCGCUUGCAGGAGCGGACCGAUUACGCGCUGCGGACCGUCCUUUCCCUCUCCAACGACAGCGACGAGGAGGCCCGGGCCAUGUCCGCCUUCCUCCUCAAUGGCCUGGCGCCGACUCUGACGAAGGAGCUGUGCGUGGAGUUCUGUGCCAUUCAGUUGAUCGCCCUCGGGGAGGAUCAGAAGGCGGCGGUGCGCAAGGCCGUGCUGCUCAACAUGAAGGACGUGGCCCACUGCGCCGGCGAGAAAUUCUGUGGCAGCCGCCUGUUUGAAACGUUCGAACGUCUCUGCGAAGACGUGAACUACACCGUGCGCCGGUGUGGAAGCGAGCAGCUGCCCCUCAUGAUCGAAACCUCCAAGAAAUACCCGGAGUGUAUCCGCAUCGCCAAGCGGCUCUACAACGACCAGAAUCGCUGGGUGCACCUCGCGCUGUGUCAGAACAUGGGCUACAUCUUGGUAAAAAUACUAUGUUUACAUUUAACUGUGCAUCAAAAUCAAAUUCUACUAUUUCAUAGUCAUGCGUUGCUGCGAAGCGUAAUCCCUGUGGAGGCCUUCGCUGCGCAAACAGGACAGGAGCGCUCGUGAAUGAGGAGUUGUUCGUAGUAAAGACUACUUGAAACAAAGCGACGCGAUUUUUCAAAAACACUAACACUUCUUCUUUUACCAGUUCGCGCUACAGAAGUUUGGUGGCAAGGAAGCGGUUGACGAGGCCGACGAACUGAUCGGGUAUUAUUUCGAAACACUAAGUACCACGGGUCCAUCAACCUCUUCUGCAGCAGGCCACGGGCCGGCCAAUGGCGCGAACAACGCACAGCAUAACGAAGUGCGUUAUCACCUCGCGUUCACCUUUUCCGCCGUCCUGGAAGCCAUUUUGCCCCUAAAACCUGAUCGCUACGCCGAAUUCCAGAGCUUUUUCUUCUCGCUAUGCGAAUCCAAAGAGUUGCGGACAAGACAGGCUGUGGCCUGCUCGUUGUGGAAAAUAGGACGUUGCUUCAACACCGAGGCCGAGAAACUAGCGCUGGUCCACGGUGGAGGCGGUGGUCAAGGACAAACGGCAAACGGCGGAGACAGUUCCGCCGAGCAUGACAAGGAUCAUAACGUCCAAAAGAAGCUCGAUGAUGGAACAAGCAAAGGUCCUGACGGUGCUGACAAGGCUGCAACCAAGGCGAAGAACGUCGUCGAGAACGACCUUGCAAAUACCAACGAGAACGAAAGUAACGCAACUAUCAGCAGCUGCAAAACAAAUGACGCGGGUACCUCGUCAUCUUCGAAGCAGGCAAACGGAAAAAUAGAUGACUCAGAGCCCGAUCAGGACCCUGACGUCAUGGUGGAGGGUGAUAUCGAGCAAGGUAUAGUCCCACCACUCCUAGAAGUCGGCACCAGCCAAACAUUAACUUCCGCGGCGUCAAACGCAACCGCUGGCCUCAUCGCAACGGCCGAGCGGGCAAAUCCAAACGCACUUGUUCUAGUGACGAGCUUGCAGGGACAAGAUAAGAUUAAGCCGUGCUCCAUGGAGGAAAAGCUGAUAGAGCAGUUUCGCAAGUUCACGCAGGACCGCGACGACGUGAAACUCGGGCUCGCCAAGCACGUGGGCAUGUUUGAGGUUCAUCCGCAGUAUCUGAUGGGCCUCUCGCACAUGAUGGCAUCCACGGACAAUUGGAGGCUGCGCCACCUGAUCGCCACGGUCAGCUUGCCGGCACUCUGCGAAAAAUUAUGAUCUGCAAAAGUAUCGUACUCGUAUAAAUGCAUUACAAAUUUCCUCAGCAUGAGAAAUAAAAUUUGUAAUGCAGAUUUGCCUUGGGAACAGGAUUUGUAAUGCAAGACGAGACCUGCAUUUAUACGAGUACGAUGCUUUUGCACAGGAUAAAAAUACACCCACGACCACAACUUGGUGUUCGUUCACUUGCUCCCCACGUACCUCAAAUUGCUACACGACGGCGUCGCACUCGUUCGGUCCAAAGCAGCAGCCGCCACCCAUCUGGUUUUGAAGGCCGUCUGCGAAGAGGCACGAAAACAUACUUCCUCGUCGACGACCCGAGGGGGCGGUGUUAAUAUUCCAGGAGGUGCCAAUGCGUCGUCCCCCUCACCGUCGAAAAUCAGUGCCGAACUGAGUAGCAGCGGCGAAUCGGAUCACAUGACCGCUGGUGGCCCUGCCUCGUCAAUAUCGUCGGGCGACUCUCCGGCAUCGGUGUCCUCUUCUCGCGGAGGCGGCGGAGGUAAUAUGAUCGCGACUAACAAAUUUGAUCCCUCUCCCAGAACCACCAUGGCAACGACCACAAUGAGCGUCGGCAGCACGCCAACGGGCAAAGGAUCCUCGUCAACUACAACCGGACAACUACAUUCGGCGAUACAGUCUGGGAACAAGAUGAAUCAUUUUUACAACAACAAGUACUUCUCGCUCCGCACGAAGCGCAUCGUGAAUCACCUGAGAAAAACCUUCAAAGACGGAAACUUUCAGAACCGCAUCACCUAUCUGAAGAUGGUGGACUCCCUGAUCCGGGACAACACUGUCAGCCGCCGGUUUGUGUCGUUUUUUCUGACGAAUCUGGGCGACCUCGCUGCGGACAAGGUGCGGCACGUGCGACUGCAGUGGGCGCUGCUGAUCGGUCCGCACCUCAAGCCGGGCAUCGGGAAGUGUUGCCACCACCGCAAACUGCUGGCCGCGGGCCGCUCAUUGCAGCACUCGAGUGACCGCGAAGUGGCGCGGGCUCUGAACUUCCCCAUCCCCACCGCGCCCACUCACACGACCGCGACCUUCUUGGAUGAGGACCACGAAUUCAGCGACACGGAAAGCCUACACUUCAGCACCAACAGCCCCACCGGAAGCACGAUCAGCAGUCGGCAAGAAGCCGCGCUCGCAGGAACUACAGCUUUGAGUGGCACCGCGUCACUUCUUGCAGCUGCUGGGACAGCAACCGGUACUACAGGCAGUCUGAGUAAUAUCAAAGAGCAACAGUCCUCUAGUGCUUCAACCCAGCAACCGGGGGCACCAGGUAGCGUAGACGAAAAUCAGGAAGUAGCUUCGACGCCAGCGGUGACAUCACAAGGUGGCGAUUUCCCUACCAGGAAAGCGGACGAGGACGCCGCUCGGGGCGGUGGAGCGCCCCCUGCGCCCGACCUUCUUUUGGAGACAGAUGUCGAAGCCGCGAGUAAAGAGAUGAAGAAAAUGCUCCUCGGGGUAGGUAGCAGUACUGGCGCUUCUUCAUCGUCCGCAGAAGAUGAUGAGCAAAAUGACGACAUCGGCGUGGUUCCGGCAUCCGCAAUGUCGACUCCGGCAGUAGACACAGAAGUGUCCGAACACGCCGUCAGUGCCAGAAAAAUUGCCGCCGCCGAGCUACAAGAGGGGGCACAGUCGGAGCAAUUGUCCGACGCGCUUGUCGUGGCGACCAAGCAGAACCAAGCGGCGAACAAACCGACUACACCGACUGCGCCGCCGGCAAUCGAAAAAAUCGCGGAUCAACAGCAGCAACUGCCCGCGCAAGAACAAGCGGAGCAAUUCUUGACCACGCGCAUAUCCAGUGUGAGUGGGGAGGAUGCUGCUCUGGAAGACGAAGACGAAGAGGACGAUGCUGAGGAGGCCAAAGUGAUCGAGGAGGUUUUCGAACGCUCGAAAAUGGAAGCCAAGAUCGAAAUCAAGAGCUCCGGGUCUGAUUUUGAAAAAAUUGACCAAGAUCAUGCGCCCGACCUCCUUGCGAUUCGCGGCCAAAUAUCUUCCAGCCCGUCGUCUGCGUCGCGGGACCUUCUGUUCGCUUCGUCAUCCUCAUCAUCCACAUCAGCUGCCUUCUCUUCCUCAGGAUCCACAGCCGCACCUUCUGAUAGCACAGUGCCUGGUACUAGUGCCGCUUCGCAAGGUGCCGCAAACUCAAGCUCUGGUCGUGCAGGUGACGUUGACGUCGAUGAGGACGAAAUUGCGCCUUCCUUGAUUGACGCAAAAACCACUACCUCGGAACAUCAACGACGACCCGUUGAUUCCAAUGCACUGGACAGCACAUUGAGCAACGCAAACGACCUUGAUCAAGGUACUACGACCGAGGGACGAGGUGGUACUGUUUUUACCUCAUCAAAAACAGAUCAGCGUCAACUUGACCCCGGAGGAGCUACUCCUGGUGGUCCUGUGAUAUUAAAGACGAGCGCAGCCCGGAGUCCAGCGCUACAGUCUCCGAGCUAUCUGAUCCCGGAGUCAAAAUCAAAUAGCACCAACUCCAGUAACGGGACGGCGGCGGGGGGCGUUCUUGGCACCAGCGCUCCUUCGCGGCGGCUGAUGAAACAACCGUACCACAUCGCCCCGUCCACUGGAAGUGGCACCUCUGUGCAGGUGAAAGGCGCUGCCCUAGAUGACGAAAUGGAGGCGUGGCCGGAGAACAUUGCGCCCCCCCUGCAUGAAAUGAAUCCGCAAUUCACGUCCGCACUAACAGUGCCCGACCAGCCGCUCCCGCAUUCGGAAUACGACGAAAUUUUGAGGCAAAAGAAGGAAUCUGGUGAAGACGACUAAGAAGCGAAGCGAGUCGUGUCCCUUUCAUCGCGGGAUGGAAGAAUGUACUGUAGUUAGUACUCAGGUUGCUGAUUGACAUCUUGUUGUGUAAUAUGGCUUUCGUAAACAUGUUUGCUGGUGUUGAAGGGGAGGAGUAAAGAUGCUUUUGUCCGGCACCGCCUACAACGAAGAUUCGCCGCAGAGUCGAAAUCUGAGAUGUCACGGCACGCUUUGCGAGCAGAAGCGCGCGUCCGCCAGGAGCAACAUAAUUUGAAUACUUAGCUUGGGGUUAGUGUUUUGACGACCGACAUAAUUUCCUGCGUGAUCGCUAUCGCACGUGUAAGAUGACAAAGCCACGAAAUAUGCGCAGGCUCUUGCGUCAGUAACAAACAAAAAUUGUCUCCAAGCUGGUGACGCCUUAUUUUCCAUCGCCUUCCGAGACUUCGCCCUUCUGAUGAGAAGAUCCUGAUCAUGGCCAUUGCACGCACAAGAAGAAAUCAGCUCCACCCUUCUUUCGGUCGUUUAAUUUUUG